ACAACCGUAGGUUGGUCUGGGCUGCAAUGUAAGAUCAAUAUGCUAUGGAUACCACAUAAAAGGCCUGAUCUUCUGAGGUAAGAGUAGUGAUGCUAACCUAACAAUACAGCGGUUCAAAGUACAGCUUCUAAUAUUGUAAAAAGAAGUGGCACAAAUUAAAAAAAAAAAGUUUACGGGAAAAGCUCAGUAUUUACAGUCGCUUGGUGUGUCCCGGAUACGUGCCAAAUUUCAGACCGACUCGUGAAAGGUCUUAAACCGCAUUGUGAUAUGCAUUUGUCCUAAGUGAACAGUAAACUGACGGUUUAUUGAACUGAGUCUGGUGUACGCGAUUUCCGAGCUAGCUUCCUGAGUUCGAUCCAGCUAAUGCAAUACUUGCUGUCAAUGUACAGGUAACUACUAUGUUUACUACUGCAGCGUUAACUGUAGGCUAGUGUUUGUCAACCGUUAGUUAAGAAUAAAACUGAAGUAGUUAGACCUUUCCGCUUUCUUUUAAAGUAUUUUUAAAUAUACAUGGAACUAGCUGACACUUACCUGUACGCUAACCAAUCCACUGUACAUGAAUGAAAAGUGAAUGUUUACAUAAACACACAGGACUGGCCGCACGUUGCACUGCGGUGAUCAGCUGAUGUCAAAAUGUAUCAGAAAAUAUGAUACUUCCCCCUAGCGUUGGUACUCCGUUACUGCAAAUCAUGGGAGGAAUGGUUCUUUAGCAGCAUCUGGAUGAAACAUGGUGCGAUAUCUGCCAAAUGUUUACCACUAUUCUACAGAAUACACUCGAACCAAAUAAAUAAAUCCUAAAGACCCCAAACACAGACCUCAAAUGUUAUGAUCUCAUCGUUAAAGUAUAUAAAAUUAUGAUCAAUCAUGAGUCAUUUUCGAGUAGUGUGUGUAGAAAUAUAUUUCUCCACUUGUCCACAGAAAUUUUAUUUGUGAUUUGCGUUGGUCUGAUUCUGACAUUAAGAAAUGAGAAAUAAGAAAUAUAGAAAUGUGUUAAAGGACAUCACAGUAUUAUAAAUAAGCGCUGAAAUCUGGUGACUCAUUCAUAUUUCUUCGCAUUAAUUAUUAUAUUUAUUAUUAUUAUUGUUUAUUUUAUUUUAUUUUUUUUAUUUUUUUAUUUUUUUCAUUUAUUUACUUAAUUUCUGGGUCAAACUAGGCUUUUAUUUUCAACACACCCUCACCGGAAGUUAGCUGUCAUUGUGGCUAUGGUGGUCAUUUAAAGAUGGCCGAGUGCUUGGCUGCACGUUUGGCCGCCCAGGAGGAGCAAAUUCAGGUCCUCUACAGGGAAAUUUCCACUCUUCGGGAUGGGCUAAGCCGUGGUCUGAAUGCCACCGAUGUUGUGGUCGUCUCUCCGGAGCUAGAGAGCCUGCGGACCGAGAACGAGAAGCUCAGGUACCGGCUGCUGCACCUCCGACGGGGUCUGCAGGCGGAGCUGGAGCUGGAGGAGGCGCAGGGCAAGAGGCGAGAAGGAGCUAAGAGUGGCAAAGCUCCGGAGAAAAACACCAGCAAAGAGCAGCAGACAAACAACCGAGCUGAUAACAAGGUGGCAACCCCGGAUACCAAACCAGGUGACAGGAACAAAAAAGAGAAGAAGCAGGACAAGGGCCAAGGGAACGGAGGCGUGAAAGAGCUGAAGCCCUGGCCUGCAUACAUUGCAGAGCGCCUCAGUCUCUAUGAGGAGCUGAAGAGGGAGAGUGAUGCCCUGCUGGCUAAGAGAGCUGUAGACGGCAAACCCAUUACUGUGGAGCUACCAGAUGGGGGGAAGGUGGCAGCCAAGGCGUGGGUCACCACACCGUACCAGCUUGCUCGUGAUAUCAGCCAAGGCCUGGCUGACAAUGCUGUGAUUUCUCGGGUGAAUGGGGAGCUUUGGGACCUGGACAGACCUCUUGAGCAGGACUGCUCUCUUGAGAUCUUGUGCUUUGACAAUGAGGAUGCUCAGGCCGUUUACUGGCACUCCAGUGCUCACAUCCUGGGGGAGGCGAUGGAGCGUUUUUAUGGAGGUUGUUUAUGUUAUGGACCCCCGAUAGAGAAUGGCUUCUACUAUGACAUGUUCCUGGACGAACAGAAGGGAGUGUCCAGCACUGAGUUUGGGGACCUGGAGAGUUUGUGUAAGGCUGUGGUGAAGGAAAAACAGCCCUUUGAGAGGCUUGAGAUCAGCAAGGAGACACUGCUCAAGAUGUUUAAGUACAACAAAUUCAAGUGCCGCAUUCUGAAUGAGAAAGUCACCACCCCCACUACUACAGUCUACAGAUGUGGGCCCUUGAUUGACCUGUGCAGAGGUCCCCAUGUCAGACACACAGGCAAGAUCAAGGCCAUGAAAGUCUACAAGAACUCCUCCACCUACUGGGAGGGACGCUCCGACAUGGAAACACUGCAGAGGAUCUAUGGGAUUUCCUUCCCAGACUCAAAGAUGCUGAAGGAGUGGGAACGUUUUCAGGAGGAGGCCAAGAAUAGAGACCAUCGCAAGAUUGGCAAAGAUCAGGAGCUGUUCUUCUUCCACGAUCUCAGCCCUGGCAGUUGUUUCUUCAUGCCACGCGGGGCCUACGUCUACAACACGCUCACAGAGUUCAUCAGGGAUGAGUACUGGAGAAGAGGCUUUCAGGAAGUAGCCUCCCCCAACAUCUAUAACAGCAAACUGUGGGAGACAUCUGGCCACUGGCAACACUACAGUGAAAACAUGUUCUCCUUCCCUGUGGAAGAUGACAUAUUUGCUCUCAAGCCAAUGAACUGCCCCGGGCACUGUCUGAUGUUCAGCCACAGGCCUCGCUCGUGGAGGGAGCUUCCUCUGAGGCUGGCAGAUUUCGGGGUCCUCCACAGAAACGAGCUGUCAGGAACAUUAACUGGGCUGACCAGAGUCCGGCGCUUCCAGCAGGAUGACGCUCACAUUUUCUGCACGAUGGAUCAGAUCGAGUCAGAGAUGAAGGGCUGUCUGGACUUCCUCCGCGCUGUUUACGAUGUGUUUGGCUUCUCCUUCCAGCUUCACCUUUCCACCCGCCCCGAAAAGUAUCUGGGUGAUAUUGCUGUGUGGAACCAGGCAGAGAAGCAACUGGAGAACAGCCUGAAUGAAUUUGGGGAGCCAUGGAAACUCAACCCUGGAGACGGUGCUUUUUAUGGACCCAAGAUUGACAUUAAGAUCAAAGAUGCAAUUGGACGUUACCACCAGUGUGCAACCAUUCAGCUGGACUUCCAGCUGCCUAUCCGCUUCAACCUGACCUUUGUGGGGAAGGAUGGAGACGACAAAGCCCGACCAGUCAUCAUCCAUCGUGCCAUCUUGGGCUCAGUGGAGAGGAUGAUUGCCAUUCUCACUGAGAACUAUGCUGGGAAAUGGCCACUGUGGCUGUCUCCACGUCAGGUGAUGUUAGUGCCUGUCAACCCGUCCUGUGAGGAUUACGCCAAGAUGGUGUGUAAGCAGUUUACAGAAGCCGGUUUCAUGGCAGAUGCUGACCUGGACUCUGGCUGUCUACUAAACAAGAAAAUCCGAAAUGCACAGUUGGCUCAGUAUAACUUCAUUCUUGUGGUCGGAGAGAAGGAGAAGAUGACUAACAGCGUCAAUGUGCGCACGAGGGACAAUAAAGUCCACGGAGAACUGUCGGUGCCCGAGGUGCUGGCUCGCCUGACCCUGCUCAAACAAUCCCGCUGUCGAAACGCAGAGGAGGAGUUCUGAAAAAGACAAAGAACAAAGCAGACUCUCGUAUUUGAAUACCUCACUCUUAGAACUACAGCCACAUAAGCAGUAAAGGGAGAAAUGAAGGCACACAUAAAGGUGGCACUGGGAAAGUGUAGUACACAAAGUUAUGUGAAUUUGAUCUGUUUUCUCAAAGGUCUGUCUCCGUGGGGAACCCUAGAAAUAAAUCUACCA